CUGCAGGUCCUGCAUUGUUCACUCACUGCAGAGCUGUUGCUGUACACUGACUUUCUCUCUCUUUAUCGGCCAAGAUUAUUAAAAAAAGAACAAUGCCAUCCACCCGCUCACAGAAAAUGGCUGCCCAGUCUCCAUCCACCAGGAUGAGUCUGAGGAGCUUCCGCAGUGUCCCUCUGGUUCCCAUGGAGACAUCCUCUUCUGAUGACAGCUGUGAUAGCUUUGGCUCUGAUGGAGGCUUUGCAAACACGAAGAGCAGCUUAAGAUCCACGAGGAGGAUGGCAGAGAAGCCAAAGGUGUUUGAGGCUUCAUCAGAGGAGGAUACAUGCAGUGGGUUUAUGGACAGCAUGAUCAACAACCAGAUGAAAGCCAUGAAAGUAAACUCUCCGAGACGUGGCCGCAAGUCCACCAUCCUUAAGGUUGCCAUGACAUUCCCCACUAAGAAGACGGGCAUGAAGAGGCCGGCGUCCGAACCACUCGCUCAAACCAAAGUACAGGACUCCGACUCCGAGGAGGAAGACACCUUCAUGAGCAAGAGAGCCAGUAACAUUAAGGAGAACAAAGAAAUGCUGGCAAAGCUCAUGGCAGAGCUGAACAAAGUACCUGGACUCAUCCCGAGGCGGAUGGCCAUGUCUGCUUCCACUACGCCUCGUCAGGCACCUCGUAGAUCCAUGGGGACGCCAGUACCUCGUCGGAGAAACCCAGAGCGUUUGUCCCGCCCCCACACACGGUCCCGCACACAAGUGGACGGACCCCCCAGCCCAACUCUAGAGGAAGAGCCCGAGGACAAGUUCAGCCUGGUUCGCAAAAGCCGCUUCUUUGAAGAAGAUGAUGAGCCACUCCGCCGCCGUGUCUUCAACGGCCAGAAGGCCAUCCAACAUGUGGUGCGGCCUGUGGACGAGAUCACAGAGGCGGAGCUGCAGGGCAUCUGCAACAACGUGCGGGAGAAAGUGUACAACAGCUCCACCGGAUCAACUUGCCACCAGUGCCGCCAGAAAACCAUUGACACCAAAACCAACUGCCGCAAUCCAGAGUGUGUGGGGGUGAGGGGUCAGUUCUGCGGCCCGUGUCUCCGUAACCGCUACGGAGAGGAGGUCCAAGACGCUCUUCUGAAUCCAGAGUGGGAGUGCCCGCCAUGCAGGGGGAUCUGUAACUGCAGCUUCUGUCGGGCCAGAGACGGUCGCUGUGCUACGGGAGUGUUGGUGUACCUGGCUAAAUAUUGUGGAUAUGAUAAUGUGCACGCCUAUCUGAAAAGCUUGAGAAAGGAAAUGGAAGAGAGCAGCGACUGAGGUGCUGAUCCUGGACCUGACUGACGUGUUCUGACCGGUUUUACCUCCGCACCGUCCAAAUGUUGUUCAUGGUGUUUCCAGCAUUACAACACAAUACUUGUUGUUCCCGUUUGUGAUGUUUCACAUACUUUCGGAGCAUUGACUGACAUCUGGAGGAGACACUUUGAGAGUUCUUUCCAGCCUAAAGCUUGUUUUGUUAUUGUUCCUCAUAUUUUCCUGCCUGUUCUAAAGAGCUGAACCUUUUUACGUUAAGACUGGUUGAUUGUACACUAAGGUGGACCAAAACAGGAAAAUUGUUCAAACAUUCCUAUGUGUUAAGAUGAAUUAUGUUUGUUUUCCUAGCAUCUUUCUCUUUUUUAUUGCUGAAUCAUCCAAAUUGCUCCAAAAAACAAUCGGGUUGUUUAGUUAUACUGUAUCUUACAUUGUUUUAAAUGUACAUAUUUUACACUGCCCACUCUAACAUGAAUCUGAUCUUCAAAUGUAUGCUUGUGUUUUUACAAGAUUUGUAGCCAUUUUUAAAUCUGCAAAAAGUGUACAUGUAAAAACAACAUAUGAUAUAUUUUAGAUUGUAUGUGCUGCAGAAGUGACCCAAUGCUCUGUCUGGUGGCUGCAGGGGGAAAGGGCCCCGGCUCUGGGGUCCACUGCCUCUCACUGCUAAGCCGAAAGGAACUGUGUGAUAUAGUACAGCGCCUGGUUAAAUAUCCUUCAUUAGAUAACUGUCACUAAUGGUGUGGAAACAAUUAGCACCCUCUAAUGGGAAUCUCAUACCUGUAAAUCAUUUUCUCCUGUUAAAGCACAUUCUCGCUCUGCUCCAGUCUCUUUGGCUCAUUUUCUGCCUUACACUGUUAAGUAGGAAUGGUUGAAGGUGCCACUGAAGAGGCAAUAGAGUUAUGGCCUGCAUUUUCUGUUCAGAAGUGCGAUACUCUACGCGAAAUGACAUGAAAUUAACCUUUGCGUCGCCUUGAAAUGUACUUCAUUUGACCUGCACCAGGACACUGAUUAUACGAUACUGUUUAAAAAAUAAUCAGUUUGAGAUUUCUUCUUCAGCCUAAUGGCAGGGGGAGGUUGUUUUACUGCUGCUUGUGUUUAUUAGGCACUCCACCCCUAACAGGAAGAGUGAUGCUUAACUGUUGAUGGCAAUAUCUGUUAUUGGGAUCUUGCUUUGUUCUCAUUGAGGUAACUGUAAAUGUUCAUUAAAGCUUUAAUCCUUGCGGAA